AUGAAUGUAUGUUACCACCAAAUCAUUCAUAAUUAUUUUAUCCUGUGGUCGUCUCUUCCACAGGAUGAAUUCCAUCCUUUCAUUGAAGCUCUGCUGCCCCACGUGCGAGCGUUUGCCUACACAUGGUUCAACCUGCAGGCCCGCAAGAGAAAGUACUUCAAGAAGCAUGAGAAGCGCAUGUCUAAGGAAGAGGAGCGUGCAGUCAAGGACGAGCUGCUCAGCGAGAAGCCUGAGGUCAAGCAGAAGUGGGCAUCACGCCUCUUGGCCAAGCUCCGCAAGGACAUUCGGCCAGAGUUCCGGGAGGAUUUUGUGCUCACCGUCACCGGGAAGAAGCCCCCGUGCUGCGUGCUGUCCAACCCCGACCAGAAGGGCAAGAUGAGGAGGAUCGACUGUCUGCGCCAGGCAGACAAAGUCUGGAGGUUGGACCUGGUCAUGGUGAUUUUAUUCAAAGGUAUUCCCCUUGAAAGUACUGAUGGCGAAAGGCUGGUAAAGUCCCCACAGUGCUCGAACCCAGGGCUGUGUGUGCAGCCUCAUCACAUUGGAGUUUCUGUAAAGGAGCUCGACCUCUACUUGGCCUACUUUGUGCAUGCAGGUAAGUCUCUCUUUUUUGUUUCUCAACUCUCUAAACAAGUCAACAUUUGUUAGAAAUUGGAAUUGCGUAAAUGUUGGCCUCACUCCAUGUGAUCAUAAGAAAUGGAAUGUGUGAUAAAGUUGUACUGUUAAUCGAAAAUAAAAACACUCGGAUGGGGUUAGCGGGUCAAAUGAACCUUAUCAGAGAGUGCAGGCCAAUGUAAAGUACAUAGUUGGCUUCACUCUUUCAAGCAGGGGCUUCUUCCUCCACUAACAGCAACACAAACACCAGCUUUCACUUGCAAGGUUUGGAAGUGCUCUGUUUCACCAGGCAAACCAAGCACCUUAAUUACAAUAAUUUCUUCUCUCCAACAAAUGGAAGCUUAAGUGAGCUAGGUGUAAUGUGUUCCUACUUUUACAUUCCUAUAGCAUCAUACUGUCAAUGUUGUUGUUCUUUAAAAAGCUUUUGUUCAGUUUUUGCAGAUUUUUGCAUCGAAAGUCGUCAAAUGUAAAUUAAAAAAGUUGUGUAGUGAUUUUGGCCAAAUAUCUGAAUGGAGCUUUUAAUGUUUGGAAUAAGCCUAUAGGAUUGAUUCCCUUGUGGGAGCUGUGCAGUACUAGGUUUUAAUCGGGCUGGAAUGGGAGCUCAUUUUAACUUGGGCCAAGCACAAAAGUGUAGGCCUUUGGAGGAUUUUUGUUCAAAUUCUGCAUAAUGGACCUCAUCAUGAAUACCACAAACAGCUUAGUCAAUGACGAUCUAAUAGGACACAAAGAAAUCCCUGAUUAGCAAUAUGCUAAACACAUAAAACAUUAAAUUCAAGUGCUCGUUGGUGUAGACAAGUCAAACAUUGACACUAAUUUCCAAAGUUUCUUUUUGCACUUACAUUUUUAGGUACAGAUACAAUUUGUCUCAAAUAUACUGGACAAAAAUAUAAACGCAACAUUCAACAAUUUUACUGAGUUACAGUUCAUAUAAGGAAAUCAGUCAAUUGAAAUAAAUUCAUUAGGCCCUAAUCUAUGGAUUUCACAUGACUGGGCAGGGGCGCAGCCAUGGGUGGGCCUGGGAGGGCGUAGGCCCACCCUCUUGGGAGACUGGCCCACCCACUGGGGAGCAAGGCCCAGUCAAUCAGAAUGAGUUUUUCCCCACAAAAGGGCUUUAUUACAGACAGAAAUACUCCUCAGUUUCAUCAGCUGUCCAGGUGGCUGGUCUCAGACGAUCCAGCAGGUGAAGAAGCCGGAUGUGGAGGUCCUGCGCUGGCGUGGUUACACAGGGUCUGCGGUUGUGAGGCUGGUUGGACGUACUGCCAAAUUCUCUAAACCGACGUUGAAGGCGGCUUAUGGUAGAGAAAUGAACAUUAAAUUCUCUGGCAACAGCUCUGGUGGACAUUCCUGCAGUCAGCAUGUCAAUUGCAUGCUCCCUCAAAACUUGAGAAAUCUGUGGCAUUGUGUUGUGUGACAAAACUGCACAUUUUAGAGUGGCCUUUUAUUGUCCCCAGCACAAGGUGUACCUGUGUAAUGAUCAUGCUGUUUAAUCAGCUUCUUGAUAUGCCACACCUGUCAAGUGGACAGAUUAUUUUGGCAAAGGAGAAAUGCUCACUAACAGGGAUGUAAACAAAUUUGUGCACACAAUUUGAGGGAAAUAAGCUUUUUGUGCGUCAAUAACAUUUUAUUUCAGCUCAUGAAACAUGGUACCAACACUUUACAUGUUGCAUUUAUAUUUUUGUUCAGUAUACAAUUUGCUGAGGCUCAUUGUGGCUAAAAUGGAAAACCCAUUCUGCCAGCUUUUAUAAUUUGUAAGCCUAUUCAUGGGCGCUUUGCUCUCGCCAGCAUUCUGAUAGCUGAAGUUAGAUGUUUUUUCGGCCUUGAUUGUGAAUCAGAGCAAGAGGGAGAAGAAAGAGAUGGUGCCCACAGAGCAUCUCUCUCUCUCUCUCUCUCUCUCUCUCUCUCUCUCUCUCUCUCUCCUCUCUCUCUCUACUCUCUCUCCUCACUCUCUCAGUCCUCUCUCUCCGUCUCUCUCUUCUCUCCUCUCUCUCCUCUCUCUCUCUACUCUCUCCGCUCUCGCUCUCACCGCGUUUCAAUCUCUCUCUCUGCUCUCUCUCUCGAUCUCUCUCUUCUCUCUCUCUCUCUCUCUAUCUCUCUCUCUCUCUCCUCUCUCUCUCUCUCUCUCUCUCUCUCUCUCUCUCUCUCUCUCUCUCUCUCCCCGUCACUUUCUCUCUCUCUCUCUCUUUAUCUCUCUCGUCGCCUCGUCCCACAGGAUCAGGUUUCUUCCUGUGUCUUAUUUAAAGCAGUGGAGCAUUUCUAGAGCUCUGUUGAUUAAAAGCCAUCUAAAGAGAGAUGACCUCAUCCACCGAUGCCGAAGGUGGGGUUUUUCAGCUGAAGUCAGUAAUUAAAUGUAUCCCCCACUGCUGCCGGUGCAAGGGGUGGUAGAAGGGGACUUGUCACCCCCGUGCCAACACUAUCCUGCCACCAACCCUUUUAACAGCAAACUUAGUAGAGCACUUUUAUUAUCAGGGUAUUAAAAUUCUCAAGAACAACUAUUGUGCAAAUUCUUGCAAAGUGUAUGAAUACUUGCAAAGUUUACAACUUAAUUAGCAUUUUAUUAUCUUUAUCUUUAGGCUUACUCUUCUAUUCUUGGGAGAGUUUUGUGAUGUAAUGCCACAUGCCUAACCCUAUUUAGUGGCGAGUGUGUGUGUGGGAGGGGAUGGGCUGGGAUAUCAGUCUUUAACCAGGGCUUUCCGUGCGUUGUUCAACCGUCACAAGCUCGCAUCGUCUGUCAUCUUUAGGAACAAUGUGGUGUCAGGGCGGGCCCCCCUUUGACUCCAGAGCAGGCAGCGUGGCCAGGGGUAAUUUACGGCAACGGGUGUCGCUAUCACAGGAGCACUCAACAUGUGGGAAAGGUCAUGGCUUAAGAUGUUAG